CCGCGCGCGGUGUGCGCGAGGCGCUCGAGGCCCGCGUUUCCGCGGGCAAGGAUCUUGGCUUUGCGCGCGGCGGCGCGGCGCUGGGCUUCCGUCUGGCUCAUGGUGAGUGGAAGAUUGGAAGUGGAAUGUCGUGGAUGAACGGACGUCAUGUAGGUGUGUGCACGUGUAUUUGGUCCCGCGUUGCCACCUAACUGCGUUGUUGAUUGAUCCAGUCUCCUCGUCCUCGUCCUGAUUCUCGAUCAUCCUCGUCCCAUCUUCGUCCUCAUCCACUCGGACUCGUCUUUAUCCAUCCGGCCUGCACAGAGCGCUUUUCGGCAGCACUUCAGCCCCACUUCCCACUUCCGCUCACUCGUUCACUCGCUCACUCGCUCGCCCGCGCGCCAAAUGUCCCGCUCAAAAGACAUCCCCCAUACACACCUCCCACCGGACGCGACGCGGCACUACCUCACCCGGCUCGUCGGCAUAGCGCUCCAAAAGCGCGGCUUCGACGGCGCAGAAGCUGGUGCACUGGCUGAGAUGGAGCGGCUACUGGAGCACCACAUCCAGCGCGUGUUUGCGGAGGCGGGCGCAUACGCCGCGCACGCGGGGCGCGCGGUCCCGCAUGCGCGGGACGCAUAUGAGUGUCUGGCGCAGCAGGGGUUGAAGCGGGCUGCGAAGCGGAAACGUCACCCUAUUGCGAUGCCGACGCGCGCCGAGUCGCCGGAACCUGUGCAGAGUGAGACACUCGCCACCCUCCCGGAAGGAGAGGAUGUCAAGCCUAGCUUGCGUGCGUCGCCGGAGUAUGCGUGGGACGGCGCACCGGGCUUGCCGGAGCCGUGGACGUACAAGCCUGAUCCGGUGCCUCCGCCUGGCGCGCCGGCUGGUAAGGUCACCACUGGCGUGCUAGACUUCAUCAAACUUACGGCGACGGAGCGUGGAGAUAUUCCCCCCGAACUGGGGUUGGUGGAUUACCGGCGUGCGGAUGGGCGCGAGGUGCGGCGGAAGUGGGGGGUCAAGGGUGUUGGAGCGUAGGCGGGAAGCUUGGCGUGUACCUCGCGAGCAGUUCACACAGUCAUGUACAUUAUAUUGUAUUGCAUCUAC